AUGUGCGUAACGCAUGCUAGCCGGACGAAUCGACGUGGCCCAGCUCGAAUCAACAAAGUGCUCAUCGACGUGGUGAUUGGCUUGGCCAUCACAGCAGCGGAAGAUGGGAAACUUCGUACGUGGGAUGUGACGCUUCCGGAGCUCACGUGCGUCGGCACCUUCGACAAGCACAACGAAGCGGUCACGGCGGUGGUUGUGAACUUUGAUAAGAACCGUGUGCUCAGUGGGGCCGACGAUGGUUCUCUUCAUUUGUGGCAUUUGGGCCGCAGCUCCAAUGCUUCGGCUGUGGCGGUGACCGUCUCUGAUGAUGAAACGGCUCGUGUCUGGGACAUCCAGAACUUCACCUCUUUGGGUGUUCUGGAAGGUCACCAGCUGGCGGUGCGUGACCUCACGGUGGACUUUGAAGAGAUGAUGUGCGUCACCUGCUCCGAUGACCACACGUUGCGUUUGUGGGACUUGAUGGGCCGGACGUGUGUGGCGGUCAUGGAAGGACAUGCGUCACGAGUGACUUGCCUGCGUGGCAACUGGAAGAAGAAGCUGGUCCUCAGUGCUUCUGAUGACUACACGCUGAAGUUGUGGGAUCUUGAGAAGCAGUGGUGUGAGGAGACUUUCUAUGGACAUGGUGGUGCCGUCACUAUGUUGUGUUGA